AUGGCUCGUAACUCGGAAAAGGCACAGUCUAUGCUGUUUCGCUUUCGCGAAGCCCAAGCAGCAGACCUAGGCAUCAUCGACGCCGGCCGCACACGCCGACCCAAGCUCAUCACCGAAGUCCAAACCAUCCCCGCCUGCGAAAAAUGGCGCGGUCAAGUCCUCAAAGAGAUAUCCCGAAAAAUGUCACGCAUCCAGGAACCCAUCCUCAGCGACUACCAGAUCCGCGACCUCAACGACGAGAUCAACAAGCUCAUGCGAGAAAAGCACAUGUGGGAAAUUCAGAUACGUAAUCUCGGCGGUCCAAACUACAUGCGCGGCGGAGGAAAAAUCUACGACGAUCAAGGGCGUGAGAUACCCGGUAGUGGAAAAGGUUACAAGUACUUUGGAAGAGCGCGCGAUCUUCCCGGCGUGAAGGAACUUUUUGAAGCGGCUAAGAAUCAGGGUGAUGAGAAACCGCUUGAGGAAAGACAUGAUAUGAGGAGGAAUGUGGACGCGGCGUAUUAUGGAUAUGCGCCUGGUGAAGAAGAUGAGGAAUUACUUGCGUAUGAAGCUGAGAAAGAGAGACAAGCUGUGGAGCAUAUGCUUAAGACGGGACCUAGGGAUGUGCCGGAUGGAUGGGAGGCUUUGCCUGGAGAUACAGGGGAUGGGAAUACGUGGGUUUUGCCAACGUUGGAAGAGGUGCAGGAGGAGUUGAUUGAACGACGGAGGAGAAAGUUGCUUGAGCAGCUAUGA